AUGUCGUCUACAAUCCGCUCUGUUUUGGUUGCACUAUUCGUCAGCCUCGAGCUCAUCCGCGAAGUCGCUGGACGCAAGCGCACCCAAGCAUCUCAGUAUGCGAAUGCUUUCUUAGAUUAUGGCAGAGCAGGGUAGACAAUGUCAAUGUUGUAAUCAUUUUACUACCUCAUUUAGAUGGCGAGGACCACAAUCGAGAUGAUUCAUUGAGUUAAGUGUUGUUGAAAAUGAAACAGAAACUGCAUUCCAGCACAUUUCCAUUUACAGGUCUUCUUUACGUGUACUUAGUCGAGAUUGCUAAUAAAAGAAGAGUUGUUUCAACCUUUGAUAUCGAAUUGAGUCUUCUACGACCUCAUUUUUUACAUGAUGUAUGUAGCGGGUAGAACUCGUCUGGGAAAUAUUAGGCAGCUCGCCGAAUCGAUUCAAACCGUCAUGUGUAUGAGGAAAAAAAUCCGCGACGUGAUAGAUUGUCGGCGCUAAACUCCUCUUAGAUGGCUGAAACACAAUUCCGUAAUGCGUCUUCAUCUUCUAAUCCGAGUUGUCUUCCGGCGACUCCGCGCGUAUGCAUAAGAAGAAGGCAGGAGAGGCCUUGCUCAAGAACGGCGAGACUGGUCCGGUAAAGUGUGAGGUUAUGGAGUCACUUCAGGAACAACAGGAACACGUUGUACAUGGGCGUCCAAAGUACAUGGACGUCCAUACUCAAAGAUGAUGGUAAUGUUUAGAGAUGUGAUAAAGUACAUCGACGUUGUUCUCAAGGAUGUUUAAAAAAGAUCAUUCGAUUUACUUAACUACUUUUCAUUCGUAAAACAUAACCUAAUCUAACCUAAUCGUGAUCGUGAAGGAUCCACAACCGCACCGAACCUAAAAAACAAUCAAGGACUACAACUAACUCAGGGGUUGUUACUUCACAACAUCCAGAAGACAAUGCCAAUGUUUUCUAAGAAAAAAAUCCAAAAGACACUGACAGAACGUGGCGAGGGCCUAGCGGAUGCAGCAUACUGCAAUGGUGCGGACAAGGUUCAGGAGAAGUUGGUAUCUCCAUUUCUUUUCCUAUUUUAUUUGAUAUUGAUACUUACUUUGGACUUAAAAACUUUUUUAUAUCGUCAGGAAAAUUAUUGGCACUUUGCCGAGCAGUAGUAGAUUCAAAUUAUCAACUUCGACUUGAUGGAGGACUGAGUGCAAGAACCUCUUCAUCAGAAUGAAUCUAAAGCCAUACGACGUAGAAGAUCCUGUGCUGUUUCUAAAAAUAUUCCAUUAAUAAAUAAAUACGGCAGGCCGAUCACAACGUACCGAGUCUGAAGGAGACAACAGUAGAUGCGGAGCUCAAGGAGAAUGUAGAGACUGUCAAGAAAAACUGCUGCAAACUUAUGGCAGGGGAGUGCCUUUUGAAUACGAAUACCUAACCUUAAGUAAAUUUAGAUCCAGUGUUGAAACGAUGGAUAACGAACCUCAAGUUACUCACUCACUAUAGUCAACAUCGAGCACCUGGACGUGUUCUGCGUCUUUGAGGACGUGAAACGAAGAUGAACUUCAAGUUUAUAAUCUUAAUCAUUUACAGUACAAUUGUCAAUGGUACUAGUAGUACUUCUACAACCUCUUCUAUGUCUCUCUGACGAAUCCGUUGAUUCAAGACUAAAGUAAUAUCCAUGUUGAACAUCAGUUGUUGAACAUCUCUAAGAACCCGGAGGAACCAGCACCCGCACCAGCAGAAGAGGCGGCAGAUACGAAGCCAGCACCGGCCGAUGGCUCGUCAUCGUCUUGCUGCUGAUUUCGAGUUCAGGUCGAAUAACCUUCAAGGUCAUAUGAAGGUCUUGUGAAGUAGAUUUAGAAGAAUCAGAAAUGAAUGUAGUUAAUGAGAAGUUCAAAGAGCGUGAGGUAUGAGGAAUAUGAAAAAUAGAACUCUUGAAUAGACUAGUUGUACUAGAAAAUUAACAAGGAACAACUCUUGAGGUUGAGCAGACCUCUUCUUCUUCAGAUGAACUACUUCUAGUACAUCUACUUGUAGUUAGGAACAAUUCAUCCAUUGCCAAUGUCAAUUAGAUAUCAGAAUUAUCUUUCCGUUUCCUGCUAAACUCAACAAAUCAAAUUUAUCUUUCAAUUUCUAAUACAAAGUCAGACGAGUCAGACAUUCAAUUUCAAAUCCAAUCUCCGACUUCAUCCUUAAAGGUUGUCACUGUGCACAGUUGUAGUAGUAGCCCUACGCGUACGCCUAUCAACUAAAUAUACAAAACCCCUGUCAACUACAACUUCUAAAUUGAUAUAACGACGGAAAUGAAAAUGUUGACCACAUUGUGUAGACCACAAAUAGUCUUCACAGCAGUGAAAGUGAUGUUCUUGUACAGUUAGCUGUGUGCUGUUGUCGUUCCCCCCGUUUCGUCGUACUCGUAGUUUCUGUUUUUCUCUCAACAAAAAGAACUCAUACCACUUAUCGACAAAAAAUUUAUCUUACAUGUUCACGCAAAUGCAAUACUGCUCUUCUAGGAGGACUCCGACUUUUUCCCAUGUGGUGGAUUGAUGGAACCAUCAACCCUAUUUCACUACCUUACCUUUCCCCUGUCCUGUUUGAGUCAGUAUACCAGAUAGCAUACCUCCACCAACCUUUGGUGAUCGAUGACAAAAGUGAAAAGGAAUAAACCCUGUUCCGUUCUUUCCAGAAAAUGACCCCAUCAAGAAAACUCUUCUUUUUAAGUGGAGGAAGCGGAUGAGGAGACUGCGCGUCGAAGUACGUUGUGGUGUUCAAUACUAUUUGUGCUAAGGCCCUUCAUCUCCUUCAAUCGCGACCUCCAGCGUUCAUUUUCUGCAAAAUACAGCGAC